UUUUCGUCUCUGUCUCUGCUCUGAGAGCACCCAACUGAGGAACAAGAACAAGAACUUGGAGAGAGAGAGAUCGAAGCGAAAUCGCAAUCGAACUUCUCAAAAAACCUGAAUCAAUCUCUCUUUUCCCCCUCUUUCAUGUAGAUGCUUUUCCAAGCCGCCGUUUCGCCGUCCUCAAUCGAUUUGUUUACUUUACUCCUCGCCCGAGUUCAUUUCCAUGGCGAAUAAUCAUUCCGAGACUCCCGCCGAUGAUUUCCUCGAGCAGAUUCUUGGGAUUUCCCCUUUUGGGUCGGCGGAGCAAGGGUUAGCUGGAACUGACGGCGGCUUGGCCGGAGCUGCGGCGGCUCAGGCCCCGAUGAUGCUUCAGCUUAGCUCCGGCGACGGCGCCGGACAUAUGGCGACAAUUGGGAGUGGAAGUGUUGGUGGAACCGGGUUCCAUGGCGCCCCUUUUCCCCUAGGGCUGAGCUUAGACCAAGGGAAGGGAGGGUUUCUGAAAGCAGAGGAAGCUUCUGGAAGUGGGAAGCGGUAUUGUGGGGGCGUUGUGGAUAUUCGAGCUUCAUCUGUGAAAAAUGUGUUUCCAGGCCAACAAAUGCACGCUUCUAUGGGUGUAGCCCCGCAUCCACCAGCAAUGCGCCCUAGGGUUCGGGCAAGACGAGGACAGGCAACUGAUCCACAUAGCAUUGCCGAGCGGUUACGAAGAGAAAGGAUUGCAGAGAGAAUUAGGGCUUUGCAGGAGCUUGUUCCGAGUGUCAAUAAGACGGAUAGAGCUGCGAUGCUUGACGAAAUAGUGGACUACGUAAAGUUCCUACGUCUCCAAGUAAAGGUUUUGAGCAUGAGUAGAUUGGGUGGAGCUGGUGCUGUGGCUCCACUUGUAACGGAUAUCCCACUAUCAUCAGUUGAGGAAGAAGGGAGUGAAGGCGGUAGGAAUCAACCCGCAUGGGAGAAAUGGUCGAACGACGGUACGGAGAGACAAGUCGCCAAGCUUAUGGAAGAAAACGUAGGAGCUGCAAUGCAAUUCCUCCAAUCAAAGGCGCUCUGCAUCAUGCCCAUCUCGUUGGCUUCGGCGAUUUAUCACACACAACCGCCCGAUAGCUCGAGUUCGGUGAAGCCAGAGAGCAACCCACCCCCAUAGAAUGACCCCCGAGCGGAGGGAGGGAGGGAGGGACGUGCAUUCCCACAAUCCCCAAAAGGAAAAGAAACCUCACCGAUCGCUGUUGGGUACUAGGCCUGCAUCCGGUCCCGUCGCAACACUCGUCGUUGUUCCCCUUCAGUUUGUGGUGGGUAUUGGUAAUGCAAUCAAAGUCAGAUGCCAUAGUUGUUGCCUUUUAAGAUUACUUUUAGGUUUUGUUUUUGGGAUGGGGAUGUCAAUGCCCUAAAAAAUGCAAGCAAGGGGGGUGGUUUUCAGGUCUCAACUAAAGCAAAGAAGAAUUUUGUCAAAGCUUUAAUUGAUAUGCUCUUCUUUUCUUGUUUUUGCAUCAAUGGUGGAGGGAGGGGAGGGAGUGAGUGGUGGGAAAUGACCAAAGCACCUUUUUUCUUAUGUAGUGGGAUGUGGGGACCUUGUAAAAAUAUGAAUAAAAGCUCUUUUUUUGUUUAGUAUAAUUUUAAAUGGAUGAUGCACCUUUAGAAG